CAAUAGCCAAAUCCAAACUCGGCCGUUUCUUCCCCGCCAUAACUGUACGACCCUAAAACCCUUGCUAAAUCCUCCUAUCCCCUUCCAACCUAGGAAAAAGCCCAACCACUUUGGUCCCCGAAUUCGCGCAAUUCAGCGUAUUCUUCACCUGGGUUUAUGUCAAUUUUGUCGGUAUUCUCUUUUUACUUGUGGCAAUUGCUCAAUCUUAUUGUUACUUGGAUUUCUCGUUUUGGAAAAAGAAAUCAUUUCUGUCUCCGAUUUUUGUCCCAAUUUAAUUACUGCAAAAGAUAGUAGAUGGUUGAUUUUAAGCAUGAUCAAGUAUAGGCUGUGUUCGACCAAUCUGUGUUUUCUGUUGAGACAAAGCAGAAACUUGGCAUCUUGCCCUCUGCAGGUGGAGGAGGUUCCAGUUCCCUCAGUUUAUUCAGCACCUCCUGCUGACCACAAAACUCUCUGCUUCUCUUUAGUAGAGCAGCUCCUGGGCCACGGUUUGUUUUCCUGUGCUCAGGGAGUUAUUCAAAGAAUAAUUUCUCAAUGUUCAUCGAUACCUGAAGCCUUGUCUGCCAUUAAUUUUGCUGUAGAGCGAGGUAUGGAGCUUGAUUCAGAUAGUUACAGUUUUCUUAUUCAGAAACUUGUUUGUUGUGGUGAAGCCCAGUUGGCGGAGUCAUUGUAUGUAGAUUUUCUUUUGAGUAGAGACAUCAAGCGGAAUUUGUCUUUGUUGAAUUCUAUGAUUAUUUGUUAUUGUGAGUUGGGAAAGUUAGACGAAGCAAAGUUGUGUAUUGAUAAGGUUUUUGGAAUGAAAUCUUUACCAAUUCAUGGAGCUUGCAGUGCAUUGAUUAAACAAUUUUGUGCUCAGGAUAGAUAUUUAGAGGGGUUUGGUUAUUUUGUAAAGAUCAGUGACGCUGAUAUUUUGCUUAAUUCCAUGUGUUAUAAUAGGUUGGUUGAUAAUUUGUGCUACCGAGGAUACUUGGAUGAGGCGCUGUAUGUGUUUGAUGUAAUGUGUGAUAACGGAGUGCCUCCAACUGUACAUUUGUGCAAGUCAUUAAUUUUUGAAUUCUGUAAGAGGGGACGGGUAGAGGAGGCAGAGUUGUUGAGUGCAGAAAUGGAAUCGUAUGGGUUUUACAUGGAUAAAGUGCUGUACACUUCUCUCAUUUAUCAGUACUGCAGAAAAAAGAAAAUAAAAUUGGCCAUGAGAUUGUUUCUUAGAAUGAUUAAAAUGGGAUGUGAACCAGAUAACCAUACUUACAACACAUUGAUUGACGGGUAUCUGAAUUUGGGUUUGUUUGACAAAGGUUGGGUGUUGCAUAACCUGAUGUCAGAGUCGGGGUUACAGCCUGAUAGUGUAACUUACCAAAUCAUGAUUAGCAAGUACUGUAAGGACCACAAGGUUGACUGCGCACUGACACUCUUGAAUAACAUGAUUCGGUGCAAUAUAAAGCCUGCUGUACAUACUUACACAGUCUUAAUUGCUGCCCUGUUUGAGGAGAAUAGAUUGCGACAAGUGAACCAAUUGUUCAAUAUGAUGCUAGAUAAUGGACUAGUUCCAGACCACGUGCUCUUUUUUACCCUUGUAAAGAACCACCCAAAAGGAUCUGAGCUUCUGCUAGCGUUAGAUGUUGUUCAGGCUAUUGCUAGGAAUGGUUGUCAUAGGGAUAUUUCAACCUUUUCUACCUCUACUAGCCUCAAACAUACGAGGGAUAUCAUGGAUGAAAUCGAAAAGGUUCUUGAGGAAAUUUCUGAAAUCAACUUGUCUUUUGGUGAAACGGCUUUUAGUAUAUACAUGAUUGCAUUGUGCUAUGGAGGAAAACUUGAUUAUGCUCUUCCCUGUAUUGAUAGAAUGGUAAGUCACGGUUUCCUGCCUCUUCUUUCUGCCUAUAACUCCUUGAUUAAGUGUCUUUAUCAGGAAGGGUUAGUUGAAGAUGCCAAAUACCUUGUGGAUAUUAUGCAAGAUCAUGGACUUGUUCCGGACAUAGGCACAUUCCUAAUAAUGGUUCAUGAGCACUGUAAACGGGGUGACUUUCUAUCAGCCUUUGAUCUUCUGGAUGAAAUGGAAGAAAGGGGACUGAAACAAGAUGUUUCUGUGUAUGAUACUAUCAUAAGUCAUUUGGGUAGAGAAUUUAGAGUAUUAGAGGCAGAAAAGUUGUUUCAUAGGAUGCUCGAGGCUGGUAUAGAACCUGAUGAAACUAUCUACGCCACAAUGAUCAAUGCUUAUUCAAAGAGUGGACUAGCUACUAAAGCACACAAGCUAUUUGAGAAGAUGUUACAACUUGGUGUACAACCAAGUUCCCAUUCUUAUACUGCCCUUAUAAAUGGGUUGAUUAAGAAAAACAUGACUGAGAAAGGUUGCGUCUACAUUGAUAGAAUGUUGGAAGAGGGUAUUAUGCCUAAUGCAGUUUUUUACACCUCUCUAAUUAAUCAAUUCUUGAGGAAGAGGGAGUUUGAAUUUGCAUUGAGGCUGGUUGAUUUGAUGGAAAGAAGCUGUAUUGACCCUGACUUGAUCACACAUAUUACAUUGGCUAGUGGCAUUUGUAGAAACAUCAGGCGCAAUGAAAGGAAACAGCCACCUAAAAGGUGGAAAAAGAUAAAAGGGAAAGAAAAGUCUAAGAAGGAAAAGGAAAUGUUAUUCCGAUUACUCCAUAAGCAAAUCAUGUUGCCAAGCGAUACAACCUUGAAAGUAGCAAUACGUUCACAGGAAGAUAUGAAAAUUUUUGCAUUGAGAUUGAACCAGAAAAUUAAAAAUGCUGCAUUUAUGCCAAACUUGUUUCUGUACAAUGCCAGGAUUUCUGGGUUUUGUUGGACACAAAGGAUGGAAGAGGCGUACACUUAUCUUGAUCUUAUGCAAAGUGAAGGAUUACGUCCUAAUGAGGUCACUUUCACCAUUUUGAUAGAUGGACAUCUCCGAAUUGGUGAAACUGAUCUUGCUGUUGGGUUAUUUAACAGGAUGCAUGCAAGUGGUUGUUUUCCUGAUAGGGUUGUGUAUGAUACUUUGAUUAAAGGCUUUUGUAAGGUUGGGAGGCUCCAAGAUGCAUUAUCUGUCUCACAUAUGAUGCAGAAAAGGGGCUUCUCUCCUUCUCGGGCAUCUUAUGAAAAUCUACUCAAUGUCUUCUGUGCUCUUUAUUCGAGCGAUCAUGCACUGAAGAUAGUUGAUGAUAUGCUUGCCCAUGGGUACAUUCCCUGUCGUUACAACCUUGGUUGGUUGAUGUGGUUAUUACGUGCAGACAGCAAAGUUCAUGAGGCUCAUAUUGUACAUGAUCUACUGCUUAUAAAAGAAAGGGCAGUGUCUGACAAUCUUUCGAUCGGUGUAUGAUAAAAUGGAGAAAUUAAAGGCAGAAUCUGAUUGUUACAAGAAAGAUCUUGUAUAUCUUGAGCACAUUGGGACUUGUCAUUGUUGUGAUGAGAAAUUGACAACUUAAAUGAUCCCACAUCGUGAAUUUUCUGAACUUGGACUUUUUCUUGAUCGGGACAAGCACAUUCAACACUUGAGAAUUUUCUUUUGGAGAAUGCUGAUGCUUGUUGACCCUGGGUUCGAUAACAUUGCCAUGUAACUUAAUAACACCAGGUGAUUUAAGAAGCUGGAGGGGGAUUUGAACUCAGGAUCUCUAAUUCCUCAGGCCUCAACAUUAGCCACUAGGCCCUUCAAUAAUUUGUUUCCAGAAACUGGAUAGGUUUGGGACAGUUAAUGCCUAUCUGGAGUUUCUGUCCUAAAGAAAGGAGGCAAUUUUUGUUAGCAAGAGAUUUUGUUCCUGUACAGCCUUCCAGCAGGAAAGUCAAGCCAGUUCAGGUGUCACUUAUUGUGCGCAUAGAGAAAGCUUGUGUUAGCUGAAUUGCAAGAAUGCUUUUAAUCUCAGCAUCGUCCACAAUUUUGAGGCUUCAGGGUUUCAGGGACCAAUGUAUUGCUGAAAGAGAUCAUUUAUAAAGGUACCAGAGUGGUAGUUGCUGAAGCAAUACUCAAGAUUCUUCACAGUGAUCAACCCAAAGGAUUUUUCUGUCUGCACCUAUAAACAGAGCACAUAAUCUGCUCACGAGAGGGCUCAAAAAGAGAGCUCAGACUGUUGUAUGUUUCGGGUGAAUGAUGUAUUCUUUGAGCUGGAUGGCAUUCGUGUCAGUAUCGUAGCCUCUUGUCUUUAUGCGUGAGAAGACUUGGAAAAUUUAAGUUGAUUUUAUCCAUUUUCUUGAGCAGCUCUCAGCUGCAUGGUGGAGGAAUAAAGGCCGGAGAGUUCAGUGAUAUUUUUCCGGUUGAUGCCAAAUCAGUCAUAUUUUUAGGUUGAUGCCAAAUCUGAAACAGGACCAGAGACAGUGGUCCCUGUAACGAACUUUGCAAUUGAUAAAACCAUUGUUGUUGUGACUGGUGCACCAAGAAAUCGUUCUGGUUGGUUUCAUUCCAAAAUCACAAGAAGAAUGGACUAAUGAAAUCUUACUUUGAGGCUCCGCGAGGGUGGCCGUACAGGAAACUUGAUCCAAGGGUCAUAACAAAUCUAGAAGGCAGCUCAAAUGAAAAAUUCAGCUCUCUACCAGCAUUUCGGAUAUAAACUGACUUCAUGAGUUGCAGACCAACUGGAGUGUUAUGUAUCACGCGAGUAAUGUGUGAACUUGUAUUUUCACCAAACUUACUUUCAUACACUAAACCGUUUAUGCUGUAUAAAUUUCCACGGUAUGCAUUGGUUUCUAUUGGCCUGACAGACUGUUCUUUUGUUGGUUGGUUAGUGUUUUCUCUACGCAGUAAGAAGCACUGGUUUAUCAGUCCCAAAGUUAAUCAA